AUGUUGGGGUCGGUAACCGAACCGUUGAAAGGCGACUUAAUUAUCAGCUUAAAAUCAUCAGCGGAUUUAAAUCUGAACUAUACUUUAUCCGUCAAAUUAUUCGAUCGUGGACAACACUAUAUUCGAAUUCCAUCAAAAACAAAAUCUGGAGGCGUGGUUUCAGAAUAUACACGAGUGCAGAAAUGUUCUGCAGUGAAUGGAAUUGCUUACAGAGUAUCUGUCGACUCCAAACAAGUAUCACGGCUUGCAGCAACAAUUGUUAGUGAUGAUGAGAUUUGUGCAGUUUUAGCAAUCCAGAAAAUGACGAGUUCGUUGGUGCAAAGUCCUGCGGAAGCUGUACGUUCGUCCUUCCAUCGUUCUUUUACAAAAAAACUUGACUUUUCAAUCCCGUCUCAUUAUUUCGCCCAGAAUUUCAGCAUAGUUUUCUUUGCUUUUCAAGAGGAUACUCGUUGCGGUGGUGCUUCGAAGCCUCGACUAGGUUUUUCAAUAUUAGAACUGGAAUUGAUAGAUGCUGUCUUGCAAACGACAAAAGCAGUUGGUAAGAAUUUACUAGUUGUUGAAAAUGGGUUACCGUUUUCAAUAGUAGGAAUUAAUGUGGAAAAAAAAAGAUUUUCUAUGUUAUUGUUUAUUCCGCCAGAUGAUUCAGCCACUUUUCCAACCAUUAUUGUAUUUGUCACUUUCUUUAUCGUAGGCAUCACUUCCACAGUUCUUCCAAAUAAAAUCUUUGGUAUAAAGUUUUACGAGUCCGGUCAGAGAGGCAAUGACUUGAUGAGUGUAAGGUUUGAGGACGGUGAAGUACAGCAGAGAGAGUCUUUCGACCUUAUUUCGAUAGAUGGUCCUUCUCCAGGUUUCGAACUAAAUAACGCUGGUGUUGGUUGCUUGUCAUUUAUUUUCAUGAAAACGCUGUCUGUAAAUGUUCAUCCUCACACAGAAACACAGCCAUGUUCGUUUGGAGAUCAUUUGGAAGAGAUUCCGUUGCAGUCAGAUUUGCCGACUUCAUCGAACUCACAUGUUUCUCCCCUAGUCGCUUUAAAUGACGAUACUUCGUUUGGAAACGGUACCGUGAAUGGUGGGCAGCGUUCAACAGAAGUGGAUGAGUUAGCGCACCAUUAUCCUGUUUUGUCCAGUAAUCGCCGGGCCUUUGGACCUUUUCCCCGUAAAAUUGGUCUUUUGUCCUUUGGAGAAGAAUCGUGCUUCCAGAAUUUUGAGUGUACUCGUCGGAUUGGUCUUAUUGAAGCUUAUAACCAUCUCAUUAGUAACUUUGGAUAUUUUAUUUUGGGGUUUUGUUAUAUUAGAUUUGUUCGGCAUAGACAGUUGAAGCGAAUGUUUGCUGCUGGUGAGGAUUCUUACAGAUUUUUUUAUGGAAUUGGGUUUUGUCUGAUUGCUGAGUCGGUGGGCAGUUCAUUCUACCAUUUGUGUCCGAAUGCAACAACGCUAUAUUUGGACACUCCUUUCAUUGAGCUGUUGUGUGUUCUGAUAUUGGUUCACCUGUAUAGGUCUCGAAGAAAAUCAGUCUCAAAUAUCUCAUUUAUAUCAGUGGUCUCGCUCGUCAUGAUUUACCAUUGUGUAGUUGAUGUAAGUUCAUUCUCUUGUACUCAUUUGGGAGCAAACUACGGCAGGAAGGCAUUACUCGAACAGAUCUUCGUUUCAUCGUUUAAAGUUGAUGGAAGGCGGCAGGCUUGGGAAGGGUGCUGGGUGGUUUUUGUGCCGUUUUAUUCCUGUUCUUCAAGCAGGGUUUUGGAUAGCAUUCAGGGAAAGGUUUUCAUAUAUGAUCUUGUGAGGCUGAACAGGAAGAGGGAAGAAGGAGAAAAGUUGCUUUUGCUGUUUUGCAUUAUUGCUGCAAAUGUCGUAUUCUGUCUUCUUGAUGUUGGUUCGCAUCUAGCAACUCUGCAAAUUGCUCCAUACUUGGUUGCGAUGAAUAUGUUUAUUUGCUUUAUCUACUAUUUGUUCAACAAGAAGACUGCUGCGGAGAGUAGGGCAUUAAAUACUCCUUGUGUCUUUUUGGACUUCUAUGACUGGCACGAUCUAUGGCACUUUGCUUCUGCUUUCGCUGCGUUCUUUUUAAUUCUUUCGGUCACAACUGUAGACGACGACUUGAUUGAGGAGUACCACGUAGAGGAACCAUCUGAUGAAAAUAAUUGA